AUGUCUUUGCAAGAUCCCAUGACGAUGAGCACUGAGGAAGAUGACUUCGAAUAUGUUACACUUGAUCAAUAUCUUCCGAAUGAAAUCAAAAUGAUGAUAUUUGAAUUUUUACCUGUUCAAUCCUUGUUUGUUGUUGCGAAUAGAGUUUGUAAAGCCUGGCAUCAGUUGUUGUGUGAUGAAAAAAACAAAUUUGUUUGGUUCCGAUUGCUCUCAAAUAUUUUGAAAACGAAAUUAUUAAUUUUGAAUGAUGAUGGAAAAAAGAUGACAAAGCCACAAGAAAUGAUGCAAUUUUUAUCGUGUGUUCAAUGGAGAAAAUUACUCAAAUUUAUCACUCUCAAAGAACGUUCGAUUAUUCACAAUUAUUACUUACAACAACAGGAAAAGAAAGCUGAAUCGGAAAAGAAAACACUUACACAGCCAGAAGAUCCUCCAAGUGAUGGUGAUGAUGAUGAAUGGGAUGAAAUGGACAAUAUUGAAGAAACAACCACUCCAAGCACUGAAAAUUUACCACAGCACAUGCAACCCUCUUCAACCUUGUUAACUGAAAGCGAUGCUCCUCAAACAAUUCAACAAAUACCUUCAAACGAACCACCAUCAAGCCUUGACCUAUUCAAAGAAGAUGCAGAAACGAUACAAUUUACUUUCAAAGAAAGAACUCUCAUUUGCAAGCCAAUUAAGGCAAGCUCAACCGACUUUCCCAGCCAAGACAUUCCAGAAACGCGAAAUGCUCUCAAUACAAGAUCAUUCUGGUCGUCAACAGGCUCUAAAGACAACAAAGAGAAUGAAUAUCUCAUUUAUCAGCUGCAGGAUCCUUGGUUUGUUGUCGAAAGAGAACGCAAACUUCAAAAAGUGAAGGGUGUGAAAAAGUGGACCGAGUUUUACAAAUACGUGGGCGUUAAAAACGCCAAAGAGGGUAAUUCUGAUAACACCUCCAACCAUGAAGACAGUAUCAUGUCGUUUGAUUCACAAAUUGGAGGAUUAUAUUUGGAAAAGUUUACACUCAAACCAUUCAUGGCAACAUGGCAAAAUAAUAAUUGUUACGCUCCCAAACAAGUGUCUCUUUCGGUGGCUAAAAUUUCACCCACUAUGAAACUUGAGGACUUGAAAUUUGAAGCAUUAGAUAAUUCGGAAUAUCCUGUUCAAAAUACAAACGAGUAUCAUCAGUUUGAAACAGGACCGUUUAUCAUUCUGUACAGAAGAGACAACAAUGUUUCCCUUCCUCCAAGUGCUGAGAAUGCAAAAACUGAAGAUGCAGUGCGAUCUGAGACGACUCGACCAAUAAAUUCCAACGAAGAGGAGGCAGAAGAAUCAGAAACUGAGGAGGAAGUUGAAGAGAGUGAACAUGGCAUAAGAGUAGCAAUCACAGAUGAUGAUCUUUUUCAUGCACUGUCACGAUCAGGUGGAGUUGUCAAUGACGCAUUCUAUCGAGAGUUGAGAGCAAUUUUGGAAAGAAAGCUUGCUGAAAGGAGCAGAGAGAGUGAAGAGAACAAACUGUUCCAACAAUUGACUGCAAGAGAAGAGGGAAAUAUUUUAGUGAGAUUCAACUUGAUAGGAAAAGGACAAACUCAACCAACUGAUAACUUGUACUAUACAUGCUUGGAAUUUGUGGACUUGUCAGGAUCGGCCUUUGUUCUUUGA